AUGGAGGAAAUGGAUCUAUCCCUUUCCCCAUCUUCCUCUAUCGCCUCUGAUGCGGACGGACAGCCCAGCCCACGAAAAAAGACCCGAGUACAGUUCGAUGAAGACGUGGAAAUGCGGGAAAUCUCAUACAAUGCUGAAACACAAGGAGGGAGUCAAUGGACAACGGAUAAGAGCGCAGCCGUCGUGCGAGAGGAGGUACGGCGGGCGAUUCAACGGCAUGUUUCUGGAGGCGAUAGCGAAGCCUACGACCGCGUCAAGGAGGUCUUUUCCAUCAACCCUCGGCGGCUGGACGCGAACGGCAUGCCGCCAUCAAAUGUACCUACACACACUACACUGAAACAUCAUCUCAUGGGUCUAUUGUCAAACGUGGCGGCCUUGGAUCGCAGCUGUAAUGGGCUAGUUCAAGCCGUGUUGGACAGCGAGUGGCUCGGGCGCGACGAGUCGUACAUCAAGCUAUAUAUUCGGUUUCUGGGAAACCUUGCAGCUGCGCAGGGAAGCUAUCUGGGUUCUGUACUUAAGAUGUUGGCAAAUUACAUGGGCGAGCUUCCUAGGGGAACAGGGAGGCUACCGGGUUAUCCGCACGUCCAUCCCGCUGAAGCUUACACCCGCGUUCAUAUGGCGAUGCGCCAUGUCUUGCAGCUUGUUCCGUCUGGGAGUGGCUCUCUUUCGCAGAUAAUAUCUUCCCAAUUUCCGUUUGAUACGGAUUCAGCAAAAGCGAACAUCGCCUAUACGCAGAAUCUCGUUAAAGUCAUCCGUUAUGCUCCUGAACUCCAAGCCGAUAUUCUAGCUCUCAUCACUGAAAAGCUGGUGAAGAUCGACGUCCAAAUCCAGGUUGAUAUGGAAGACUUGGAAGAUGAGGAGGGCGAGGAAGUCCUGCACGCCAUUUCUCCAGAGGCUGUGAUGUUUGCUGAGGACCUGGACGAUGAAGAUGACGAUGACAACGCUUCCGUCGUAAGCGACGAGUCUGUUGAGCCGGAAUCUCGACGUUUGAAGACUAUCAAGGAGAACAUCCUCAAACUGGACGGCAUGAUUGACACACUGUUCGAAUACUACGCACCACCCUUCACAUCAGGCACCCUUGACGACAAGGAAAAUGCUCUCGACCUGCUCCUCAGCCAUUUCUCAACUAUCAUUCUACCCACCUACCGCUCUCGCCAUUCGCAAUUCCUCCUUUUUCACUUCUCACAAUCCUCACCAAUCCUGGUCGACCGCUUCGCGGCCACGUGCGUCCAGCUCAUCUUCAACAAAGCGCAGCCCGCCAUUCUGCGCCAAUCCGCGGCCGCGUAUCUCGCCAGCUUCGUUGCUCGUGGCGCCCACAUCUCCAGCGAGGUUGUCCGCGACGUCUUCGACCUCCUUGGCACACACCUCAACAAUCUUCGUCUUGAUUAUGAGCCCUCCUGCCGCGGGCCUGACCUCCGUCGCUUCGGGCCCUUCUACUCAACCGCCCAAGCCCUUCUCUACAUAUUCUGCUUUCGCUGGCGCGACCUGACAACAGCCGCAAUCGAAGGAGACACACCCGAACAAAUCGACGAACUCGAACCCGAAGACAUCACCUUUCCCCCUUCCAUCCGAGAUGUCCUCCACAAAGCCAUCCUUUCCAAACUCAACCCUCUCAAAGUCUGCUCCCCGGCCAUCGUAUCCCAAUUCGCCCGCAUGUCACAACACCUCAAUUUCAUCUACGUCUUUACCAUCCUUGAGACAAACAAGCGUCUUCGCAUGUCUACAUAUCGCAACAUCGCAGCCCUCUCAGAUCCCCGCUAUAGCCAUGUCGAGCGUGAGACCCGCGCCGGCGACGACUUGGGCUACCAGCUAGACGCUUACUUUCCGUUCGACCCGUAUCAGCUGCCCCGGAGUCGAAGAUGGUUGGAGGGCGAUUAUGUUGAAUGGCGUGGGAUUCCUGGUCUUGAUGAUCGUGAUGAUGACGAUGAUAGUGAUGAUCUUGAAGAGCUCUCCGAUGAUGAAGAUGACCUGAGCGAUGGGACGGAAACAGAUCAUGAAUAG